UCUAAAAGGUUGGCUUCGAACCCGGAGUUCUUCGCCACGCUCGACUGGGGGAUACACCGCAUUUGCGGCGUGCAGAGGCGAGGCUUGGGCGGCGGCAACCGCUGAUUGGCAGUACAGGGGUGCCCGCCCCAUCUCCUGCUCCCCGCAAAAGCGGGACAGCCAAUCAGAGUGAGGACUGGUGGAACGGCCCCAAUCCUGGACCAGGGCGGGGUUACGGCUCAGGUAGACCCCAGGCUGGAGCUGUCUUGGAAGAGCUGCUUGACGGUGGCCGAAGUACUGAACAUCUAUCUAUCUACUCGCCAGGCAAAAAUCCCUCCCACGUUUAAGGGAAGCUAUGAGUCGUUUCCUGAAUGUGUUACGAAGCUGGCUGUUUAUGGUAUCCAUCAUAACGCUGGGGAACUCACUGCAGUGCUUCCGAGACCAUGCCUUUCUCUAUGAAAAGCUCUACACUGGCAAGCCGGAUCUAGUGAAUGGCCUCCAUGCUCGGACCUUUGGGAUCUGGACGCUGCUCUCAUCAGUGGUUCGCUUCCUCUGUGCCACCGACAUCCGCAACAAGCCGCUCUACCACAUCACACUCUGGACCUUCCUCCUCGCCCUGGGACAUUUUCUCUCUGAGUUGUUCAUAUAUAGGACGGCCACCCUCACGAUUGGCGUCCUGGCACCCCUGAUCGUGGCAAGUUUCUCGAUCCUAGCUAUGCUAGCUGGGUUCAGCUACCUAGAGGAGGAAUCAGUACCCAGACACAAGAAGAGAAACUGAGUCAGCAUCACCACCUCCAAGACUUCAUCUCCAUCCUGGCUGUCCUCUUCACUCAUCUUCUCUCCUCUUUAAUGUCUUCUUUUCUGCCCCAUCAUCAGCCCCCUUAUCCACUUUGAGCCUUUCAUGUUUUGGGGUUUUUACAUUAAAAAAAAGUUGAAGAUCCUUGCAUACAGAAAAGCACAUCUUAAAAUGGGUGCUGUGCCCCUCCGUCCAGAUAGGAUAUUGCCAGCACCGCAGAAGCCCCACUGAUACAGGCUAAGAGUAGGAAAUUUGGAAAGGAGGCAGCACAACAUCAAAACUGGCUCAUGCAAGGCCAGGUGUGGGGGUAAAAACGAUUAAUAUAGUUGCUAAACUAGCUAUAAAAAGAUUCAGAGCACAGAUUGGGAGGAGGAACAUGGAAUUAAGGACCACUGUAAAAAUCUCCAGUCCUUUCAAUUCUACCUGCCAAAGCAAAUAAAUUCCUCAAGUGUGAAGUCUGGAGUACAGAAGGGAAGAAGGGAUGUGGAAAUUGACAUCCAUUGUCCCUUCAAAUCUACCUAGUGGAGCCAAGUAAAGAAAGUGCGUAAUUGCCAACUGAUAACAAGCGUCGUCGUUCCCAAGGCCAGUCCCUGAAGCACCACCUGAUAACAAAUGUUGGGCGGCCAUCCAUCCGUCCAUCCAUCCUGCAACAUAUACUUACUCAGUCCAGGUAAAGAAAUUCCUUAAAGCGCCAACUGAUGGCAGGUACCAAACUGCUGUCGACCAGACGGAGGUUGAGGACCACUAGAGACUCCCCAGUCCUUUCGGAUUCUGCCUAAUCAAGUCAGCAAAAGUGAACUACACCACAGACGUCAGCCCCUCCCCACUGAAAGAUGUUACAAACACAAGACUGCCCCUCCAAAUGCACAGGACACUCUGCAAGUGUCUUUGACUCCCCACUUUUUAUAAAUGAACCUGGUUUUUUAAUAUAUCUAAAUCCUCAGUCUCGUGGAGAAACUCACCAUUGUGCCCCUGACGGGUGUCUCUGGUCAAACUUCGAGUUAACCCAGGGACCCCUCUCUGAACGCAACACCUCUCCAGACCAACAUCACCCCUCUGCUGCUCCCCCACCUGCAGCCUCGUCUAGAACCCCUUCUCUGGCCUUCACUUUCUUCCUUUUAUUUUCAUCUUGCUUUGAUUUGUGUGGUGGGAAGCCCAGAACUAUGAAGUGUAAAGCUACUGCUUCAGCCAGAGCAGUUGCCACCGAGGGCUGCCUCCAGGGUGGCCCACCCAGGCCGGGCUCCUCGCUGCUGCUGCUGGUGUACCCAAAACUAAAGCACCCAUGGCCAAGCAGUUCUUCAGAAGGGCUCCCUGAAGGUGGGCACAGCUCAUCUGUGCACAGAAGUCGGGGCUCUUUACUCUGUACUUGCAUAAUGAGCUUUAUAAUAAAGGGGAAAAACCUCCA